CCUUCUUUCAACUUCGCUCUUUCUCUCUGCAUUCGGAUUCAACAUUUCGGGGCGCCAACUGAAACCCUAGAGAGAGAAACUUACCUAGAGAGAGAGAGUUGGUGAUUGAGGAUAACGAGCUCGAGAAAAAAAAAAAGAAGUACACUUUCACGUUCACGCGGGGCAGAGAGAGAGAGAGCAGAGCAGAGAUUGUUUAUCAUUCGUAUCUCCAGCGGCCCCCCCUCUCUUCUUCCAUCUCCUUCUCUGUAAGCUUCACUGACUAUAAUAUCCCCUUCUUCUUCUUCUUCUUCUUCUACUCCAUCACUAUCUCCCCUCAGAUCUGGCAGCCACGUCUCUGUUCUGCUUCCCAUCUCUGACCUUCAAAUGACCAUGAUUGAACCUUCUCACUAGCCCUUUGACCUGUCCUUUGACUCCCAUGGCGGAGCUCCGAGUAUCCGAUCCCAGCAGGCUCCACCUCAGAAAAGAGCUGACCCAAAUCAGAAAAGCCUCCCGCGUCCUCCGCGACCCUGGCACCUCUUCCUCCUGGAAGAAAUCCCCUCUUCCCCCUCCUUCCUCAUCUGCCUCCAGAUCUGCCGCCGCCGCUCCUCCUCCAUCCUCCGAUUCCCACAAUGCCGCCGAACCCAUUUCCGACCGCACUGUCUUCCUCUACAAUUGGAAGUCCUCCCAUCACAAAUCCCUAAAUGCGGCUGCUGAUGGUGACGGUGACGAAGGUGAUUACUACCACGGCGAGUCCUGCUCCCUGCAGGAACAGAGCAUCGACGGCAGCCUCACGGGGGAGGACUCCAGGAGCGAAACCCAUGCAUUCUCCUCCUCCGCCGCAUCCAAGAUUCUCCGCUGCCGCGAAGCCGCAGCUCUCGUUUCUCCAUCGAUUAACAAGCGAGCUGCUUCGAACAAGAAGCAGCGGGGUAAGAAAUUUGGUGCUACCCGGUCGGAUGUUUUGUCUAGAUAUAGCCACCACAACCACAAACCCCACCUUAAUUUGACACCAUUGCUUAGAAAUCAUCCUUCUCUGGCUUUAGCCCUAGGCAGCAGGGAUGGGACUUCCGUUGACCAUUCCGAUGCUACAACCGAGGACUAUGGUUAUGCUCGUUCGGAGGAUUUGAGGAAGUUGCCUUCUUCCGCUUCCCCAUUGCUGUCGAAGCUUAGGAAUAAGAACUGGGCUCGUUCGCCUGCUGCGUUUUUGAAGAAGGGUAGUCAAAAGGAGGAGUCUUUUUGCUCCUACAACACGCCUGCAUUGUCUACUAGCUCGUACAAUCGGUAUUACAAUCGUAACGCGAGUACUGUUGGAUCUUGGGAUGCUACCACGAACGAUGGAGUGGAUGAUGAUGAGGAGGAUGAGGAGAAUUUGGAUUUGCCAGGUGGUCAUGGAUGUGGCAUUCCUUGCUACUGGUCGAGGAGGACGCCGAGGCACAGUAGAGGGUCGUGUGGUGGUAGUUGCUGCUCUCCUUCGCUCUCGGAUACAUUGAGGAGGAAAGGAAGUCGGAUUCUUUGUGGUGGUAGUCAGUCGAUUGGUCAUCGAUCGAGGCAUUCGUUAUCGGUGUCUAAUAAGCGGAGGAUGGCGUCGAGAAGUGCUCAGGGAGUUCUGCCAUUGCUGGCUGGUGGCAGAGGGGGAUCAUCGAUUGGUACUGCUUGCAGUGCCAGUGAUGAUGAGCUAUCUACAGCAAACUAUGGGGAGCUUGAUUUGGAGGCCUUGAGUAGAUUGGAUGGGAGAAGGUGGUCAAACUGUAGGAGUGCCGAGGGACUUGAGAUUGUUCCAGUGAAUGGAGGAGAUCUUGAAGGGGAAACUAGUCCAGAAAGUAUCAGAAGUUUCAGCCAUAAGUACAAUCCAGUCUUCUUCAGUGAACUAAUUGGCCAGAACAUUGUUGUUCAAUCUCUUACGAAUGCUAUUUCACGGGGGAGGAUUGCCCCGGUCUAUCUUUUCCAGGGACCUCGCGGAACUGGGAAAACAUCAGCAGCCAGGAUUUUUAGCACUGCUUUGAAUUGCACUUCUACUGGCGUAACUAAACCUUGUGGGCACUGUUCAUCUUGUGCUGACUUCGUUUCUGGAAAUAGCAGGUCUAUGUGGGAAUUUGACGGGACAAGUAAGCAAUGUGCUGAUAAAAUGCGAUACCUUCUCAAAAUGGUUUCUCAAGCUCGCCAAUUGAGCUCUUCACAUUAUCAGGUGUUUCUGGUUGAUGAGUGUCACCUGCUGCCAUCUAAGUUGUGGUUGGCAUUCCUCAAGUUCCUUGAGGAGCCACAUCGGCGUGUGGUGUUCAUAUUCAUCACAACAGAUCCUGACAACGUGCCACGAACGGUGCAGUCCCGAUGUCAGAAGUACCAGUUUAACAAAAUUAAAGAUGCAGAUAUUGUAUCGCGAUUGAGGAAAAUUUCUAGUGAAGAGAAUCUGGAUGUCGAAUCCGAUGCACUGGACCUUAUAGCUAUGAAUGCAGAUGGUUCGCUUCGAGAUGCUGAGACUAUGUUGGACCAGUUGAGUCUUUUGGGGAAAAAGAUAACUACAUCAUUGGUGAAUGAACUUGUUGGAGUUGUCUCAGAUGAGAAAUUACUGGAACUCUUGGAGUUGGCAUUGUUAUCAGACACUGCGGAAACAGUGAAAAGAGCCAGGGAUUUGAUGGACUCAGGGAUUGAUCCUAUGGUAUUGAUGUCUCAAUUGGCUAGCCUUAUAAUGGACAUCAUUGCAGGAAUUGGCAAUGCAGGUGAUGCCAGAUCCAGCAAUUCAUUUUUUGGUGGAAGAAACUUGACUGAAGCAGAAGUAGAAAGAUUAAAAAAUGCCUUGAAGAUUCUGUCAGAUGCUGAAAAACAACUACGGUUUUCCAGUGAUCGUUCAACAUGGUUCACUGCAACCCUUUUACAGCUUGGUUCAGUGCCUUCACUAGAACUGACGAUCUCAAGCAGCAGUAAAAGGGGUAGCAGCUCCAGGACAACUGAGGAAGAUCCUUCAAGUGUUUCAAGAGAAGCAUCGGUCUACAAACGCAAGUCAGAUGCUCAGUAUCUACAAAGGAGAUCUAGUUCACCUGCUUCCUUGUAUGAUGCAAUGAAUGGUAGCUCAUUUGGGUUGAAUUGCAAGUCCCCUCAUAGCCAAUUGAUGGGUACCUGUAGCUCGUCUCUCUCUCUGGAUGGGAGCUUGUCUGGUGACACACCAUCUCGACUUAGGGACUCGGAAAAGUUGGAUUUCAUCUGGGAGAAGUGCAUUGAAAAGUGUCACUCAAAGACUCUGAGGCAGCUGUUACAUUCACAUGGGAAGCUUUUGUCCAUAGCGGAAGUUGAAGGUGUGCUGGUUGUGUAUAUUGCAUUCAUUGAUAGAGAGAUUAAAGCAAGAGCUGAAAGGUUUAUGAGCAGCAUCACAAACUCAAUAGAAAUGGUCUUGAGACGCAAUGUAGAAGUUAAAAUUAUCCUCGUCUCUGAUGCUGACUUUCUUGUAAAUGGUUCGCAUCAAAGUGAACCCAAAAGAGAGGGAAGUCGCUCAAAUCCACUAAAUGGUCAUUCGGAGCGUAGUGGCCAGGAAAGUAAGCUUAAGGGAGGGGCAGCAGGUGACCACUCUAAGUUGUCACAAGAAUUGCUUCCUCAAGCUGAUGGCAAUGACAUGAAGGAAACUGGGGCAGGGAUACCAAUGCAGAGAAUAGAAUCUAUCAUCCGGGAGCAGAGGCUAGAAACUGCAUGGUUACAAACAGUAGAGAAAGGCGGUACGCCAGGGACUAUAAGCCGGCUAAAACCUGAGAAGAAUCAGGUGCUACCUCAAGAGGGGAUAUACCACCAUCAAGAAAGUCACAUGGAAACUUCAAAGUCAACAACGGGGUUGUCUCCUCAUCAAUGGGAAGAUGAGUUGAAUCAAGAACUGAAGGUUCUAAAGAUGCAAGAACCAAAGGAGGUCUUGAUAAAGGAUCAGCUUGGUAGAAGGGCUGGCCACACUCCAAUGUCACCUAGCAUGCUGCAUAAUAACGACUUCACCAACUUCUCGAACAAAGAAAGCUUGUUCAGUGGGGGAUAUGAGUCGAGUACGGCAGGUGGAGGUUGCAGCGGGCUAUUCUGUUGGAAUGCACAUAAAUCCCACAAGCGAAAGGGGAAUGUUGCUACCGUGCGUUCUCGUCGAAGAGUUGGAGGUUUUUCAUUGUUUGGUGAGUGUGGGAAGCAAAAGAAGAGUGAGAGCAGAUUUCGAAGAAGGUAGCUCAUUUGGCAAAAAUCUGGAUGCACUUGUUGAAACCUGUGGGUCUGUUGUUUCUUCUGCAUUUUAGAUGGUAUUCUUUUGCCCUCUAUUUGUUUACGGGACAUUUUUUUCACUCAACAAGCCAAUAUUCUUUCUUAGGAUGCGACAUUGCCCAGGAACAAUAACAACAGAAAUGUUUACUUCACUAUGUAAAGAGGGUCCUCACUUUCGUUUUUGCUGCUACACACUCCCAUUUUGGUCAUGCUUUUUCCUCCGCUGAUGAAUAAGAGAAUCAAGGUUGUAGAUUUGGUCUUCAUUCUGGGUUGUUCUCAUUUGAAUAGUUCAAGUUUCAU